AUGGCUGCUGUACAAGUGCAGACCAAGGCCGAGGACACGAUGGAGAUUACAGACUCGCGGCGCGAUGCACCGCCAUUGAAGCGCAAGGCGUCCCCGGAACCACAGCACGGUGACGAGAUACCGAAACGCACGCGACACGACUCGGACGAGGAUGAUCGAGACCGCUCAAGGCGUCGGUCACGGUCGCCAGAGCGAGAUCGCACAAGUCAGCGGUCACGGUCGCCACUAGAUCGCGCAAGACAGCGAUCACGCUCACCGCAAGACCGUACAAGUCAGCGAUCACGCUCUCCACCAGACCGCGCAAGACAGCGAUCACGAUCGCCAGAUCGACGCCGCAUACCUGAGGCACCCGCCAUUGAGCGACGAGCGCCCACGCAGGAGGACAAGAAGCGUGGGAAGCGUCUGUUCGGCGGGCUUCUCAGCACGCUCAACCAGGGGCCCAGCAACUUGCAACAGAAGCGCCGGCAAGAGAUUGAGAAGCGGCAGCAGGAGCGCUUGCAGAAGCAAGACUCGGAGGAUGGACAGCGACGGGCCGAAAGGCUUUCACAGCUACGAGCUGUCCGCAUCAGAGAACAAAUCGUCUUUGACGAGGAAGUUAUGCGGAAUCGACACAAAAAAAAGCUGGCCUUGGCGAGGUAUCUACAAACCAAGGCCGAGCCUCACAUUAUUGAGCUGACAAACGGCCUGCUACAGUACUACCUACCCUGGCGCUGCACGGACGAGGAGCUGGAUUUGAUAGACGAGCAGAGGAGCAAGGCGAGGGAUGAUGUUCAGCGCGAGGAGAGCGAGUUUGAAAAACGCCGGACAUGGCAUGUUGAGCGACACGGCACGGCGGUUCGGGCGAGGCCGCCUUCGCUGCCACGGGAGCAGACACGAUCGCCGCCUCCGCUACCCGACACAGCCCCUGCGGCAUCACCGAUGGCGGUCGAGGAGCGCGACGCGCGCGAUGUAGAGGAGGACAGACGGCCUGAGGGGCACGAUGACGCCGGGGACAUUGUGGAACAUGAUGGGCAAGACAUGGUCAUCUAUUAA